AUGACUUCCAGUGUUUCCAUCCGGUUCAAAAGUCUCGAAGCGUUUGAGAAGAAUAAUGACGCAGUCAUGAAGAUCAUCAGGGAGAUUGGCGGUACGGACAAAUUUGUUGCGACUAAGUCUUUCCCUCCAGCCUACUCGCAUUGGGCGCUUUCCCAGGAGGCAAUUGACAAGCUAAAGGCCUUAGAUGGUGUUGUUGUUCAGGUCAGUGCCGAAGAUGACGAAGAUCUUCCAGUGUGA